AUUAAAAAUUUAAUUUGAUCUGAGUAGUUUUAGAUUUGUUAUUCUGAAUUAAAAGUAAAUGAGAAUAAACAUUAAGCAAGGCCUACAUUCAUAUUUAACAAUGGCCUCCGCUGCCAAGAAGAUAAAACUCUCCACUCCCUCCUCUAGUGGAGAAAACAAAACAAAUAUAGUUGAGUUUAUGAACAGUAUUCAGAAAAAGCGGGAAGAUACCGCGGAAUCUAUAUUAAAGUACAAGUUUAACAAAAAGCGUUUGCGAAUUAUUUCUCACGAGCAAAUGGUACCUGAUAGCUGUGAAGGCAUCGUGUAUUGGAUGUCAAGGGACAGCCGCGUUCAGGAUAAUUGGGCAUUUUUAUUCGCGCAGAAACUGGCUUUGAAGAAUGAGGUACCUCUGCAUGUAUGUUUCUGUUUAAUUGCCAAGUAUUUAGAUGCAUCUGUGCGGCAGUUCCAUUUUUUAAUAAAAGGUUUAGAAAAAGUUGCAGAGGAAUGUAAGAAACUGAAUAUAUCAUUUCACUUAUUGGAGGGCAGUGGGGCAGAUGCCUUGCCUCAGUGGGUGGUUAAACAUAAGAUAGGGGCAGUUGUUUGUGAUUUCAACCCCUUGAGAGUGCCUAUGGGGUGGCUGGAAGGGGUGAAAAAGAAGCUGAAAAAGGAUGUACCAUUAAUACAGGUAGAUGCACACAAUGUAGUGCCAUGUUGGAUUGCGUCAGAUAAACAGGAAUAUUCAGCCAGGACUAUCAGGAACAAGAUUAACUCUAAGUUAGAUGAAUUCCUCACAGAGUUCCCAUCUGUUAUCAAACAUCCAUAUACAAGCAAGUUUGAACCGGAGCCAAUAGAUUGGGAUGAAGCGAUAGAAUCUCGAGAAGCAGAUAAAUCAGUGGGCCCCAUUGACUGGGCGGGACCAGGGUAUGAGGAGGCCAUGAAGACCCUCAAAAGCUUUAUUGAUAAUAGGCUAAAGAUAUUUGCUACGAAAAGAAAUGAUCCAACACAGAAUGCUUUGAGCAACCUGUCGCCUUGGUUUCAUUUUGGCCAAAUAUCUGUCCAAAGAGUAGCGUUAUGUGUACAAGCAUUUAAGUCGAAACAAACGGAGAGUGUGAAUGCGUUCUUGGAAGAAGCAAUAGUUAGAAGUGAAUUGGCUGAUAACUUCUGUUUCUAUUGUGAACAUUAUGAUAGCUUGAAGGGGGCAAGUCAGUGGGCGCAAAAGACAUUGGAUGAUCAUAGGAAAGACAAGCGAACCCACAUUUACACACUAGACCAACUUUGCAAGGCAGAAACACAUGAUGAUCUAUGGAACUCGGCACAGAUCCAGCUGGUGAAGGAAGGCAAGAUGCACGGCUUCCUCAGAAUGUACUGGUGUAAGAAGAUAUUGGAAUGGACGCCGAGCCCGGAAGAUGCGCUCAAGUAUUCUAUUUAUAUGAACGACCAUUAUAGUGUGGAUGGCAGGGACUCGAAUGGAUAUACUGGAUGUAUGUGGUCAAUCUGUGGAAUCCACGACCAAGGCUGGGCAGAACGAGCAGUAUUUGGCAAGAUUCGAUACAUGAACUAUGACGGCUGUAAGCGCAAGUUUGACAUUAAGGCCUUCAUCGCGCGGUAUGGCGGGAAAGCGCAUAAAUACGUUCCGAAGAAAUAAAAAAAAAUGCCGUCUCGUGAUCGAAUAUCUUGUAAAAAAAAUCUCAAUUAUAAAAGAUUUGAAUGCUAUAAACUAAUUAUUAACAACUAACAUAGAAAUAAGUAUCAGCACCAGCACCUCAAAUAAUAUUUAAGUAGGUAAUAACCGAAUCUCACAUCUCUUGAAUUGUUGUAUAUUUGAUCUGAAUUUUUUUUAGAUUAUAUUGCAUAAAGUCAAUUGGUAUCUUAAGAAUAAACGUUCUAUAUCACAAAGCAUAAAGAAAAAAUAUAAUUUUCAUUCAAAAUUAAAUUUAGAUUUUUCUUAAUUUAGUCAUAACACAAAAAACAAUAAUUUAUUAUCUGUUAAAACAUUUGCAACGAAUAAUAUUUUAUAGGAUACGUUGAUGUUUUCUUAAUACGUAAGAUUUAAUAAUGUUGAUAGUCGUAAGUUUUAUAAAUCACAAUUUUUAACUUUUUUACACAUUUUUAUUUUUUAACAUUUUUAAUGACAGUACAAACUAUUGUUUU